AAACAAGUGAAAACUUGGAAUUUUUCCUUAUAUAUUUUAAGUAUUCCUUCAAAGGGAAAUCACUUAUUUACCUAUAUACUCAACCCCCUACAACCCUUGUUCUCACCAUAGCCUUCCCCUUCAUCAUACAUAUUUCCAACUCUCUCAUAAUAAUCAAAUAUCAAUUGUCACAAAGGAAGAAAAAAAAAUGCAUAUAAGACAAGUAUACCCACCUAACUCAUUGGUGAAUGGUGGGACUAAUUGUUGAAAGCCAAGAUGAUCACAUCAAAGAGAUUUUGUUGGUAUAGCUUGGAAAUUAUUUCUUGGUGAUUCAUUGAUGGGCUAUUACAUAUGGCUUGAAGAUUGCAACAUUACUAUAUAUGAAAUAUACAACAAGUUCUUAAUUAGAAAGACCCCAUUUUCAGAAUCAUAACCAUGAAGCACAAAACACCAACACCAACAUCAACAACAACCACAACAUCAAGAACUGUGUUGAAACAACAACAUCAUAGUGAUAAUAAGUCUCUACAAACUGUUCCACAAACAACAACACCAACACGUUUAAGACUAAGAGCUUCUUCUAAAACCAAAGAAUCUCCAAAAACACCACCAACACCUGAAAUUGUUAAUAGGGUCUCUACCAUUUCAUCAACAAGAGCUAAAUCAGUGCCUCCAGAUAUGAAGAAUAAUUCAAAGGCUAAAAGGGGUAUUGUUGUGAUGAACAAGGUUGAAGAGGUUGAGAGUUCUCACAAGGGUGGUGGUGGUGGUGGUGGUAAGGAAGUUGAAGAGGCUAAGGUUAUUGUUGUUACUCGGCCGCGGCGAAGGAGAAUUGAGGAUGAUCCUGAUGUGAAAGAGAAGAAGGAGUUAAUGGAGAAGCUUGAGGUAAGUGAGAAUUUGAUCAAGAGUUUACAGUCUGAGGUGAAGGCCUUGAAGGAUGAAUUGGAUAAAGUUAAGAGCUUGAAUAUUGAUCUUGAGUCUCAGAAUAUGAAGCUUAAUCAGAACCUUGCUUCUGCUGAAGCUAAGAUAGAAGCUAUUGGCACUAGUAGUAAAAAGAAGGAACCAAUUGGAGAACACCAGAGUCCUAAAUUUAAAGACAUACAAAAACUCAUUGCUGACAAAUUAGAAAGGUCUAAGGUAAAAAAAGAAGCUAAUCCUGAGGUGAUUUUUGUUAAAGCUUCAAUUCAAGCUCCAAAACCAAGCCAAGCCAUUCCUGAAAUUACAAGUUUAGGAAGAAAAUCUCCACCAAGCAGAUGCCUCUUUCCACCUCCACCACCACCGCCGCCACCAAUUCCGUCUCGUCCUUUGGCAAAAUUGUCCAACACUCAAAAACCUCCUCCAAUUGUGCAACUAUUUCACUCCAUAAAGAAUCAGGAUGGGAUGAAAGACUUGAAAAGGCCAAUGAAUCAUCAUCAUCAUAAACCGAUAACUAACAGUGCACACAAUAGCAUUGUAGGAGAAAUUCAAAACCGUUCGGCUCAUCUUUUAGCUAUAAGGGAGGAUAUUCAAACAAAAGGAGAGUUCAUUAAUGACCUUAUUAAAAAGGUGGUUGAUGCAGCCUAUGUGGACAUUGAAGAUGUCCUCAAGUUUGUUGACUGGCUUGAUGGUGAACUUUCCACUUUGGCUGACGAGCGUGCGGUCUUGAAGCAUUUUAAGUGGCCUGAGAAGAAAGCUGAUGCAAUGCGUGAGGCAGCAGUUGAGUAUCGUGAGCUUAAAAUGUUAGAACAAGAGAUUUCGUCUUACAAGGAUGACCCUGACAUUCCAUGUGUAGCUAGUUUGAAAAAGAUGGCAAGCCUAUUAGACAAGUCUGAGCGGAGCAUACAGAAGCUAAUCAUCCUACGAAAUUCUGUCAUACGUUUGUAUCAAACGUACAACAUUCCAACUGCAUGGAUGCUUGAUUCGGGAAUAACGAGCAAGAUAAAGCAGGCUUCCAUGACUCUGGUCAAGAUGUACAUGAAAAGAUUGACAAUGGAGCUUAAAUCCAAUAGAAAUUCAGACAGAGAAUCUAGUCAAGAUUCUCUUCUACUACAGGGUGUGCAUUUUGCAUACAGAGCCCAUCAGUUUGCUGGAGGUUUGGACUCAGAAACAUUGUGUGCAUUUGAAGAGAUAAGGCAACGUGUACCGGGACACCUGGUAGGGUCGCGAGAACUUUUGGCUUGCAUAGCAUCCUCAUGAGAUGUCACUGGUUUUUAAUACUGCUGCUAAUGGUGACAAAAAGUUGGCUACUAAACAUUCAUUAUUCAUUAAAUAAUAUCUUCUUCAAUGCUCACUCAAUGCUUACUAUGAAGUAUGAACCACUCAAUCAGAACAGUGAGAAGAUUUUGUGAAGAAAGUACACUCCAAUCAAUAUUUAGAUAAGUCAGCUAUGAAAUUGUUACAACCUGUCUCACAAUCUAGGAAUAGGAUCUUCAUUUAAUUUCAAUAGUGAACUUUUUGAGAUAGUUGACUCUAAUGUUGUAACAAGCUUUGCCAUGUGUAGAUGCAUAUAUAUGUAUUUAACAUUUACAAAGGUACUCUCUAAUAAUGUAAUAUACUCAUGUUUCAAGUCACGACUCAUGUGUAGUGUUUGUCAAAUACAUAUUGAAGCGCGCGCCCUCUAUUGUGUUCUAUUGACAA